AUGGCUGCGCCGGCGGAGGAGGCGUCCACGGCGCCGAGGAGCCUCCCCGAGGAGGAGGAGGAGGAGGAGGCGAUGGCGGUGCUGGACUUCGACAUGCUGUGCGCGUCCGUGGCCAUGUCGGCGGAGAGGAGGAAGGGCGCCGGCAUGGGGGAGGCGGCGGCGGCGUGCGCGGGCUCGGGCGGCGGAGAGGGGGCCGCCGGCGGAGGAGGGGUGCAGAGGAUGUGGGAGGGGGACGUCGUGAUUGAUUGCUUGGAGGACCGGCGAAUCGCGCUCGAGGCCGCCUGUUGCCCAUGCUAUAGGUUUGGCAAGAACAUGCGGAGAGCCAAUCUCGGAUCUUGUUUCCUUCAGGCAAUGGCUUACUUCAUUUCAUUAGUUGCUGUUCUGGUCAGCUUAAUUGCCUUUUCUGUAACAAGGCAUCAUGUAUAUCUAUAUGUGGGACUUGGUUCUGUUCUCUUGAUAGCAAUCUACACCGGUUACUUCCGAAGAAGAAUCAGGAAACUGUUCAAUAUCCGGGGGACUGAUGGCAGUCUAGAUGACUGUGUUCUCCAUCUGAUAUGUCCUUGUUGUACCCUGUGCCAGGAGGCAAGAACUUUAGAGAUGAAUAAUGUCCAGUGUGGUGUCUGGCACGGGCGGGGUGAUACCAUUUGUUUAGGAAGCAAUGGUGAAGGAAACAAGGCCUUCGCUGCUCUACACAAAUCACCAUUUGUGCUUAUAAAAUCCCCUGAGUUGUGUGGCAUGGACAGAAUAUCAAUUGGGCCUGAACAGAACAGGUGGAUCUCUCGUGCGUGUUAUCGAAAGGGGAAAAAAGGGAAGAAUCAGUGGAUCCCUCUGCGAUGA